ACAAAGACAUUCACAUACCAAAAAGCAUGGACUUCGAACCCUUUGAUGACCCUUCGAACCCUUUGAUGACUUCCAACCCUACUGACCACAAGACAUUUGACCCUGAGAACAACUUGGACCUGGACAUCAACUUUUUCAAGACCAACCGACCGCAAGGGAGCCAGAGACGACCGACCGUGAGGGAGCCAGUGACAAUCGCGAGGAAGCCAGCGACGACUGCAGGGAAGCCAGCAACCGCGAGGAAGCCGGGAGACAACCAGCCAGCAACCACCGUGAGGGAGCCAGUGUCGACCGCAAGGGAGCCAGAGACGACCGAGAGGAAGCCAGCGACGACUGCAGGGGAGCCAACGACCGCGAGGGAGCCGGGAGACAACCAGCCAGCGACCACCGCGAGGGAGCCAGAGACGACCGACCGUGAGGGAGCCAGUGACAAUCGCGAGGAAGCCAGCGACGACUGCAGGGGAGCCAACGACCGCGAGGGAGCCGGGAGACAACCAGCUAGCAACCACCGCGAGGGAGCCAGCGACGACCGCAAGGGAGCCAGGGACGACCAAGAGGAAACCAGCGACGACUGCAGGGGAGCCAGCGACCGCGAGGGAGCCGGGAGACAACCAGCCAGCGACCACCGCGAGGGAGCCAGAGACGACCGAGAUGAAGGCAGCGACGACUGCAAGGGAGCCAGUGACCGCGAGGGAGCUGGGAGACAGCGAGCCUGAGGGAGCCGGGAGUCAACCAGCCAGCGAGCGUGAGGGAGUCUGCGACGACCGCAAGGGAGCCAGCGACCACGAGGGACCCGGGAGACGUCCAGCCAGCAACCGCGAGGGAGCCAGCGACAACAGCGAGGGAG